AUGAAGGUCAUAGCGUGGAGAGAUCAGUUCCCCUUCACACCAUCCAUCACUUCUCCCCCAUACAUUUCAGCAACAAUUCUCAUCUCCAACCAUCCCACGUGCUACAAUGAGCUCGUUGACUGGAUCGAAUGCUUCGGAAAGGACGUCCCAGUCCUUAGCCCCUCGCCGAACGCCCGUUACCGAACAGUCGAGGCAUCUGGAAAAACGACCAAAGAUGCCAAAGCACCAGGCACCCUAGAAGUCACCCCAGUCGAUCCUCUCAUAGCGCAAGCCGAUGCUAUCCUCAACGAACUCCAGCGGACGGAACUUGGCACCAGCAACACCAUCUUCCUGUAUGUCAUCGCGCCGAUCAUCGAGUUCUUGAAUCACAAGUACGGAGACACCUUGGAGUACACGACAGAGCUGAGCCGUAGCAUCGAAAAGGAGGAUCAGGUGAACGCCAAGGCGCAUAACGGUGUGCGUUUUGACGCCGUCUUCCUCAAGCGCCAAGGCGGGGGGGUGAUCGCACUACUCGACUUCAAGAGGAAGGAGUACCUAGUGUCCAGGGAUUUUGAGGGGGCGCUGGUUGAAGAGAAAGGCUCGAGCCCAGAUGGACUUCUCACACGCAACGGCGCCAUAUUCACAAAACAAAUCUCAGCCUACGCAGUCAAAAGCGGGUGCAAACACGUCGCCCUCUUUAACUGGGACCAUUUGCUCUUGUUUGACUUCUUCCAAGUCGAGAAAAAGAGUAACAUGGAGAGGUUUAUUGGGAAGAAGGCGAGGCUGACCUGGGUGGUAGAGAGGGAGGAAUUGCAAGGGAAGCACAUGAAACAGCACUUCAUCAGGAAAGCCUUGUUGGGUUGGCUUCUCCGAGCCUUUGAGGACACUGAUAUGACUCCAGCUAGCUGA